CUUGCCUGGUUUACAUAAAAACAGAUUAUUGAACAUGUUAAACCUCGGGCCACACUCGGAAAAUAAUUGUGGCUACCUUUCCCGUAAAUUUUCCCAGGCCAGCCGUAAGCCAUGGGGUUGACUUUGAAGACCAAGAAGCGACUCACAAACUUCGCACAGUCCAUCUUCUUUUUACUUGGUGGAAUAGAAUAUGCCGUUGUUCUGCCAACACUCAAUGAGUACUUGGGCCAUCUGGAUGGCGAUCCCUUAUUCUUUGGCAUGGUCAUGGCUGCGUUUAGCUUCAGUGGAGUGCUAGUGUCACCGCUCUAUGGUCUUAUCCAGGACCGCAUUCAUAAAACAAAAGUUCUUAUUUUGUUUGCAAAUCUGUGGGAAAUAGGGGGCAAUUUUCUGUACUUUUAUGGAGGUUCCAAGUACGUCCUGCUGGGCAGUAGGUUACUCUGCGGACUUGGUGCUGGUGUCGGAUCGGCCAUCUUUGCACAAAUCUCUCGAACGUCCACAGAGAGGGACCGAGCCUCAGCCCUAUCCGUUGCGUCAGCGGCUCGGCAAAUCGGUCUGCUGCUCGGUCCAGCCCUCAAUCUACCACUCAACAUCUGUAACUUCUACAUCGGACCGUUCCAUGUCAACAAUUUCACCGGACCAGGGAUUUUGAUGUGCAUCCUCUUCAUCAUCAUGCAAGUCCUCAUCUUCUUCUGUUUCUACGACAUCCCACCUCUCGAAGAACAAACAGAGUGUGAAAAUGAAGACGGCAAAUCGGACCCCGUCGUUGUCGGAAGUGUACAAGCCCAAUCAGAUUCCUGUGAUCCAAGCUCAGUUUGUUUUCAAGAAGGCGCAAACAGGGACAUUGUCAAUGGUGGCUUUUAUGACUCGCACACCACGGACUCUUCACAGGGUAGAUGCCAAAGACUGAAUAGUGGACGUGCAGUGUGCAAUGCUGUCCAACUGUCUGACGAAACUAGCACUAGCAGCAGCGACGAGAAGAAGACCUUUUCAAAGCUUGAUGUAUUCUUGAAGGAAGAAGUAUUGGUGCUACUGACUGCACAGUUUGUCUUCUUGUUCAACCAAACAUGUCUUGAGACCAGUGUAACAGUGAUGACAAAGAGGUUACUUGACUUCGGCGGUGUGGAGAACAGUAUCCUCUAUGCUGUUGCUGGCUUCGAGCUUCUCCUCAGUUUCGUCGUCAUCAAGUGCAUCAGCAAGGUGGUCUCAGACCGUGCCAUGAUUUUCGGGGCACUGACUGUCGAGAUAGUGCCCUAUAUUCUGCUGUUGGUAUUCUAUCCACAUGCCACCCCAGGAAGGGACAAAAACCUGUGGUGGUUUGCAACCCUUUUCAUCGUCCAAGUUUCUGGUCUAGGUUUCCUCUUCAUUGGACUAGUAUCCUUGUUCUCCAAAGUCACUCCAGGUGCAAUGCAAGGUUUCGCUCAGGGAAUCCGUCGAGCAGUGGGUGGAAUCGGUACCAUCAUGGGCCCGCUGUGGGCGGGAUGUAUCGCUAACUGGCCGUUUGAGACGAUAGCUGUCAUGUUGGCCCUGUUCGUCUUGGUCAUGGGCAUGAAUGUGCUGUCGUGGAAACGUCUCAAGCCACAUUCUGACAUCACCGACUCCCGACAAGCGCCGGCACGGGACGAUCUAAAUGAGGAAGCCAAACCGUUACUUAAUAUCAACGCAGACGAAACAGAUUAUGGGUUAGUGGAUUGAAGAGUGCACAACAGGCCUCACGGCAAAUCCCUUAAAACCUAAAACAACUCUAUUUCAACUUUGGAGCCUGGUUUUUUUCUAAUUAUUAUUAUAAAAAAUAUUAAAGUAAUCCAUAACCUAUAAAAACCUAUAUUUGUAUUCUGCCAUACAUUUUUACAAAGUUUUAACAUCAAUUUGACCCCCAAUUUAGUUAUUAUAAUUGCAACAGAGUGUUUAUUGGUGUUACAUGUAGGUAACUUUGUCUAGUGUGGAGAACUUGAGGUAUUAGAUUCACUGUAUUUCUGCUACCUCAUGUUGAAAAAUUGCACCCUCAAUUAUAUUUUGGCACUUGGAAAACCUUUCAAACCUGCAGGGUGACCCCCAAAAAAUGCAACCAUAAAAUGUUCGCCUUUUCUAAAAAAAAAAAAAAAAAAAAAA